GGAGGAGGAGGAGGAGGAGGAGGAGGAGGAGGAGGAGGAGGAGGAGGAGGAGGAGGAGGCUUCUUGGCGCCGCACCUCGGCCUCGCAAGAAUCUGCCGGCGGUCUCGGCGGCAUUCCUGGGGCUCCGCCGCCGCCACUGAGCCGUGCAUCCGCGUGGACGCGCGGGCAAAGCCACGCCAAACGCGCGCCUGUGCCAGGAGAACAUACAUACGCACGCCCAACGAGUCCGCGAUUCCGUCUGCCAAGCGCGCGGUCUCGGCGGCAUUCUUCGGGCUCCACCGCCACCACUAAGCCGUGCAUCCGCGUGGUCGCGUGGGCAAGCCACGCCAAACGCGCGCCUGUGCCAGGAGAGCAUACAUACGCACGCCAAACGAGUCCGCGAUUCCGUCUGCCAGGCGCGAAACCAUUAAGCUAUUGCGGCGCCGGCGACGAAGGUGUCAAUUCGAGCUCCUGCGCUCGGGUUCCUCUUGGGGCCCUCUUGGUGCUCUCUUUGGCUGUCUAGAGCCCCGAGACAGCCCAAGAGGUCAUCAAAGGCGGCCCAGGAAGAUCACAAGAAGGUCCGACGAGACCGACAUUGCUCCCAGGCUGGACUCGUCGUGACAAUCGAUUUUUCCUUUGCGAGAGCAGUGGGUCAAACACGCACACACACACACACACACACACACACACACACACACACACACACACACACACACGCCUGCGCAACAUCUAGCCAGUGCAACGCGCGCAAAUGUCGGCUGGUUGGUAAUCCGUGCUCCUCGGAAUCUCGCAACACCAGCCAGCUCAGACUUCCGUGACCCGCUUGCAGUCGGCCCUCGGAGUCGCAUCCUGAGAGUGGUCGUCCUCGCCGAGCAGACCCCCGAUGGGGUACCUGGCGUGGCUCAGGUUUUUCACGAGCAGGUUCAAAUACUGUAUCCCAGACGCAGUGCUGCCCCAGACUACCUUCAUGUGCACGGACCCGUACUUCCUCCAGCCCGACAGCCGGCCAUCCCGUUUCCGGGCGUAGUAUUGCACGCCCCUGCCGUUGAGAUACUGCCUGGCCGCCCAUCUGCCAGCGACGCCCAACAUGUCGAUGUACAUGUCCGCGCACGCCCCACCGUGCUGCUCCACGUGCGCCUCCACGUGGAGCAGCGCCCUCCGUGGCGUCACGCCUCGCGGGAUUGCGAGCAUCGUGUGGUUGCCCGGCCUCACGAGGUCGAAGCGCUCGCCGUACACGUUGACGAGGUGCGGGUCCCCGGCGGCCGACACGGCGACGAGACUGGGAGCCGGUGUCCCGGCCCCUCCCGCCGCGGGCGGCGCCGUGGGAGCCGGCGUCGCCGCGGUUGGCGUCGGCGUUGGCACGGGCGUCGGGGCUGGCGUGGGGGCCGCCGUCGGGGCUGGCGUCGGGGCCGCCGUCGGGGCCGCCGUCGGGGCUGGCGUCGGGGCUGGCGUCGGGGCUGGCGUCGGG